AUGGAUGAAAAUGAAAAUUGGUUUGAAGAUGAUGAUGCUGGGGAUAUUGGAGAUUGGCAGCAUUAUGUGGACACAGAUGCUGAAGAAACGGACUUUGUUGAUUAUGAUGAAUAUUUUGGAGGAAAUAUGUUAUCAGUCAAGUCUCUGAUUUCAGAAGUGUUAACGUGCUCCAUACCAGUCAUAGAACAAGCUUAUUGGCUACUUUUUCUAAUACUCAGUUCGUGUCUAUUAUGGCAUUUCGCAUACGUUAUAUUGAAUAAAUGUUUUGCUUGCAAUGGAAAAAUUUACCGUACAUUUGUCACAAUAUUCCUUCAUAUCCUGUCUAUAUGUCUUGGAUUGACAGUUUUAUAUCACUCUGCAUAUGAACUUUGGUGGAUAAUAAUUGGAUUGACAAUAAGCCUGGCAUCUGUCUUUAUCCUCAAUGUAGAUUCAAUCCACUAUCAUUCGAAUGGGAAAUAUACCAACUGGGAAUCAUUUAUAACUAUAGGAAUCUGUUCAUCAGUCCAAUUAUACUGUGAACUUUAUAUGAAUCCUGUACAGUGGCAUCAAAUUCGUGGCAGUGUAAUGAUCAUUAUUAUGAAAAGUGUAUCUUUUUCUAUGGAACAAAAUAAAUUCAAUGACCUUAUCAAUAGUGAAACGUAUAUACUAUUAUGGACACCAUUAUAUCGAGGAUUAGUUUGGUUAUCGUAUUGUUUAUGUCCAGCUAGUUUAUUAUUUGGUCCUUGGUUUAAUCCAUUAAUUUAUGAACAAAUAAUUAGAAAUAAUUGUAUGAGUAUGAAGUUAUCUUUAAAGAAGAUUAUCAUAUCACUUUUCCAUGUAUUUAGAUUAUAUGGAUUAUCUCUCGCUUGUUUAGUAUAUUCAACUUGUUUUACGCAUACAUUACUUACCAGAUUAAGAUCUCAACCUUGGCUUUACGCGUACUUUGCCUCGCAAAGUUUUCGUUUCAGUCACUAUUUUGUAUGUCUUUCAAGUGAAUCCUUCAUGGCUGCUCUAGGAUACUGUGAUAGGUAUUCAACUAGAUCCAAAGAGAAAGCGGAUACUGAUGAAGAAGAAAGUAUCACGGAAGUUUACAGACCGGUUGUUGUAACCCAACCAUGGUUUAUAGAAUUUCCACGAUCAUUAGUUGAAGUUGUUAUACAAUGGAAUAUACCGAUGCAUAAUUGGUUGAAACAAUAUAUAUAUAAACCUCUUCGUGCAUAUGGACAUAUUUAUGCUAUCUUGGGAACGUAUACAGUCAGUUCCUUACUACAUGGUUUAAACUUUCAAUUGAGCGCUGUUUUAUUCUCGAUUGGAAUCUAUGCAUACAUUGAAUAUGUUUUUCGAGAAAAAUUGGCGACUAUUCUAGAUGGAUGUAUUGGUAGCAGACCAUGUCCGAAAUCAUGCUGUCAUAGGAACAAGAAUUCAACCUGGGUAUAUUGGUGCAAUAUUGCCUUCAGUUGCUUAGCCAUAUUUCAUCUGGCUUAUUUGGCUGUAAUGUUUGAUACAAGUGAACAACAGUUCCAAGGUUACAGUAUGUUCCAUGCUUUGAAUAAAUGGUACAACUUGGGAUUUCUCAGUCAUAUAUUUGCCUUCGCAACCUUUCUGUUUUACAAAUAUUUAUGA